AUGCUGCCCUCCAGCUUUGCCCUGAACAUGGGCCGGGCCGGCUCGGACCUGGCCCUUCACUUCAACCCCCGGUUUGAGAGCCACAGGGAUGCCCGCAUCAUCAUCUGCAACUCGCUGCAGGGUGGGGAGUGGGGGGAGGAGCAGCAGGAGCUGGACUUCCCCUUCCAGCAGGGUCAGGACGCCAAGAUCUGCAUCUCCUUUGAUGCCCAGGGGCUGACGGUGGCACUGUGGGAGCAGCAGCCUGGGCUGGGGCUGGAGGCCAUUGAAUUCUUCUCAGUGGAGGGAGACUUCAGGGUCAAGUCCAUCAAAUUAAAGUAG